AUGACCUCUUCACAACCACCACCGCCAACACUCCCCUCGUCACCAUACCCAUACGCUUCCGCCCCCGACAUAAUCCGCGCCCACCAGAAAGACGCCUAUUACAAGGGCCAUCUCUCAAAUAAUCUCACAUCCCUCCACCGCCUUCUCCUCGGCGCCCGUUCCGCACACUCCGCCACUCCCCUCCACCGCCUCCUCGCCGAUACGCUCUACUUCUGCCUCACAACCCUCCCGGGAAACAGGACACUGGGAGAAGAAUACUGCGACCUUGUCCAGCUCCACGUCGGCUCCGAAGAUGACACGGCUGGCGCGCUGCCCACACUCGCGAGAAGAGCAUCCUACAUAGCAACUUCGGUACUCCUCCCAUACUUCCUCGGCGGCCUGCUCCCCUCCGUGCGCGCGCGGAUCCGCUCAUCACUCCAAUCCUCGCUGUCAAAAGCGAAAGCCGGCACGACGAGGCAAAAGCUCGUGUCCUAUAUCCUUGCGAACCUCCCCUCCAUCACAUCCGCGGCGCCGAUCCACGCGGCGACGCUCGCCGUGUUCUACUUCACAGGUACAUACUACGAACUCGCCAAGCGCGUGCUGGGCCUCCGCUACGUCUUCACACGAAAAGUACCAGACAGCCCCGACCGCGCCGGAUACGAAGUGCUGGGAGUAUUGCUCGUGGCUCAGCUGGCGGUGCAAUCAUACCUCCAUAUCCGAAACACCAUCUCGGAGCUGUCGACAGCGAGACUCGAACCAGGACGUGAACGCGCAAUGCUGGCGGGCCCCGCAGACGUCUCACUGGAUUCGAACGCGUUCGCAGAGAACACUGCCAUUUUGCUAUCGGAGACGGGUACACCAGGGGGCAACGGCGCGGGCUCGAAAGUCGACAUCGCCGCCGUCACGCACACGCCUGUCCAGUCGGAGGCUGCGGGAGCGAGAUACGACUUGAGCGACGAGAAAAUGAUGGCGUACAUCUCGGGUGCGGCGCAGCGCAAGUGCACGCUCUGCCUGGAGGAACUGAAGGACCCGUCGGCGACGCCGUGCGGGCACGUUUUCUGCUGGGCUUGCAUCGGGGACUGGGUACGCGAGAAGCCCGAGUGUCCUUUGUGCAGGAGGGAGGCCUUGGUUCAGCAUAUCCUCCCGCUGCGAACUGCAUGA